UUUUCUGCUCAUUCCCUCCCUCCCAUCCCUUCCUCUUCUUCCUCCCCCUCCCCAAAGUUCUCUCUCUCUCAUAUUUUUCUUUCUUUUUUUGUAGCAACCCAUGCUUCUUUUGCUUUAUGCAUAUGUAGAUUCUUCACUAGGCUAGUUUUGGAUGAUCAAAGGGUUUCUACAAAGUUCUCAGAAUCAAUCCAACUUAAUGGGAGAGAAUCAAAAGCUGAGCAAGGGGAGAGGCUGGAGACUGAUGGAUCAGACCCAGCUAUCAUUAGGUCCACAUGCAUCGAUCUUAAGCCAGAAGACACACAGCUUAUCUUCAGAAUCAGAUGGAAAUGUUGGAAGGAAGAGAAAACAAAUUUGUCAUGAGAUUUCAAGCCCAACUAGCAUUGAGCUUCAGCUUAAUGAUCCCUUGCCACUUGAAUGGGAACAAUGCCUAGACCUACAAUCUGGAAGGAUGUACUAUUUGGACAGGAAAACCCUGAAGAAAAGUUGGAUCAGGCCCAAGGAACAUGAACUAGAUUUGGAUCUCAACAUCUCAUCCUUCUCAAGCUCAGAAGAGCAAUCCAACUUGACAAAUUCAGAUGAAGCAAAGAAGCAACCUAAUUCAUGUGGCAGCAUGGUCGCGGUAGUCUGCAUCAAUUGUCAUCUCCUUGUCAUGCUCUGCGAGUCAUCUCCUUCAUGCCCCAACUGCAAGUUCAUGCACUCGCCACUACCAUCUUCAAUGCUGCAAGCCCCUCCUCGGAAGCUCAAGGCUGUCAAGCCAUUGGAAACCCUUCAUCUCCUACAUUAG